CACCUACUCACGCUCAGGCUAGCUACUCACAGCCAUGUCUGGAGGCUGGAAUACAAUAGAGUCAGAUGCGGGCGUUUUCACGUAUCUCAUCGAGAAGCUCGGUGUUAAGGACGUACAGUUCGAGGAGCUCACAACACUUGAGAUCUCGGAAUUACAGCAACUCGGCUCCAUAUAUGGGGUAAUAUUUCUGUUCAAGUACCCGACGGGCGAGGCAGCAACGAAAGUACCCAAAGACGGCACAUACGAUCAUGAUGCGGCGGGCAACCUCUUCUUUGCGGCGCAAACGAUACAGAAUGCUUGCGGAACACAGGCGAUAAUCUCACUCCUUCUGAACAGGGAGCGUGAUGUUGAUAUAGGCAAAGACUUGAAAGAGUUCAAGGAGUUUGCCGGCGAAUUUCCGCCAGAGCUGCGCGGAGAGACACUGUCGAACUCAGACCUCAUUCGAGAAACACACAACUCUUUCGCGAGAUCAUCACCCUUCAUCGACGAGACACAGCGAACAGCAACCGAGGACGACGAUGUAUACCACUUCAUUGCGUACACGUCAAUAAACAACAAACUCUACGAGCUCGACGGCCUCCAACCGGCGCCCAUUUCCCACGGCGCCUGCACGCCGCAAGACUUCCCCAACAAGAUCAUACCCGUCCUCCAGCGCCGCAUCGCCCGCUACCCCGAAACAGAAAUCCGUUUCAACCUCAUGGCAUGUGUCAAAGACCUUCGCAUCCGUGCGCGAGAUAUAGGCGACGAAGAAGAGUUGGACCGCCAGGAGGACCGACGGGCGCAGUGGUUGUGGGAGAAUUCGUUAAGACGGCAUAACUUUGUCGGGUUCGUGGGUGAGCUGCUGAAGGGUGUGGUCAAGGCCAAGUUGGAGCAGGGUGAUGGUGCGUAUGAUAAAUGGGUGGAAGAGGCCAAGGGCAGGACGAAGAAGAGAAAGGACGAGCUGAGGAAGCAGGGCGUGGUCGAAGAAUGAGUGACAUAGACGUGCAGUGGCAGCUGUGUGGGACGCGUUUCUACCUGUCAACUACAGGAAACGUGAUGGACGGAAGAAAUCUAGUGUCCAACUUGACCGCAUUAGCUCUGUAGUCAUGGGCUAGCAAAGAGUAAUCAAUUCCCAGACUAUAUAUUGGGUUGCAUAAUGUCCUUUAUCUGGUGGUCUGGCUUUACCAUGUGGCAUCCAAUACCAAAUCCAUAGCGAAUACAUUCUCGGAUUUAACACCACUUUCCUUCC